AUUUCUUUAUCUCGAAUGAAAAUAUUUUUGUUUUAUGUCACAAUAUCCUGACACAGUAACUUCUAGUAGUAUGCACAUAUCCAAUAUAAUCAUUAAUUGCAUUUUAUGUUUUUCAACGUCCGUUGUAUUUUUAAUAGUAUUGAUAUUACAUACCGGUACUUAUUGUUACAAAAUGGCAACUUUUCAUGGAGAAAUAUUACCAGUAAUUUCAAGAGCUGUUGACGAGGAGGAAGAGGAGAAUGCUUCUAAACCAAGAGACUUGGUGUUGAAAUGGUCUGCAGAUCAUGAUCAGAAAGCAUUAGAGUGUGAUAAUCUUAUUAUUGCUGCUGGAGAAGUCGCAUGGAGUUUUCUCAAAAUAUAUUAUGACCUGCAGAAUUCUAACAAAGUAGUUGAAAUCAUUGAAAAUUCAAAAGAGGACGAUUGUAUUUAUGAAGCUAUCUCAAAACAACCUAAUAUCGUGUCAACAAUCUAUGAAAAAUUUGAUAAACAAAGAAGGAAUAUUUUUGUAUCUUGCAAGUCAUAUAUUCCACCAGAACAAAUUUGGCCAUGGACCGCAAAGUUCUUCAAUAUGGUCAAACCGUUAAAAGAUGUUUUCGUCUUGUCAUCUUCCACGAUACAUGAAUAUAAAUGUGAAGACAUGAAUUCAAUUAAUACUCCGUUUGUAAGAUCUCUAUCAACAACAACAAAACCUAAGAAUCAUCCAGUAUUCACUGUACUUGAACAACCAAAUUUAAUGAAAAGUAUACCUGCUGCAAUCAUCACCCACUGUCAGUUUCAAAAUAUUCCUGCAACUGCUUACAUCUGUUAUACUGAAAAUAAUCAACUAGAUUCAUUAUCAAUUCAAGCUUUUACUGAGCUGCUAGGAACACCUCAGUUUAAAAUAUCAGUAAAUCAGGAAUCGGUAAAACAGAAAAUAUUCAAUGCGGUCAAAAAUAGUAAUGUUGGAAUAGGUUUGUACACAUGACGGAACAUCUGAUUGAUAGCAACCUGAUUUGCCUGUUGCAACUCAUGGACAACUCUUCAAAAAGGAGAUAACACACAUCUAGAUCACACCAUACAAGCAGUGCCAUAACUUCAUUACAUAAUUUGUAUUCUGCAUUUUAGCCUGGCUGUUUUUACAGAUAUGAUAUGGUCUUGCUAUGAUAAUCUCAUCAAUUGAGAAUCUAUAUUAGUUUUCGAUAGUUGGUGAUUAUAUUUGCAUCGAUGAACAUUGCACUACCUUGUCUCUAUUUGCAUGCAAUAUUAUCUUUUUUAUGUUUGGAUACAUUGAGUAUAAAAUUCAAAAUCAGGCUUG